AUGACCGAGGAAAUAAUGAACUCGAGCUCUUCCAUCUCUAAGGCGAAGUUAUACGAGACGUUCGACGUGCUGCCCAACCUCAUCGAUGUACUGAAGGACGUCCUCUCGGCCAGCUCCAACCAAGAGACGAUACGGAUCGGAGACGUUUCGGCCUCGGCAGUGUCCGUAAAACAGAAGUACACUGAAGCAAUGGAGUUGCUGCGCUCGUUGCCGGGGACAGAUACGUCACUGGAAGAGCAGGAGGCCGCUAUUGCCGACGCAAAAGUCGAGCUCAAGCGCAUUUCAGACGUAUUGGAGCUCUACAGCAACACAUUGUAUCGUGGAACGGACGAACCGCGAGCAGAAAUCAACGAUGCUUUCUCGCGCAAGAGUCUUCUCAAGUAA